ACCAUCAAACCCCCCAGCGCAGCCCCGCGGCGAAGCUCUGAACAUAAAGCUUGCCAAGCAGAGCGAGUGUACUGCGAGAAACGAAAGCACAGCGCAGAGUCGAUCGGCGAAUUUCCCCCUCCAGUCUAAUUCAGGGGAUGGUCGGAGAUGUUGGGUUAGUCGGGCAGUAGUGCGUGGUCGGUUGCCCUAGUCAAGGGGCACAGCUGGCGCUUCUCUUACCCCGUUGAAUCAAUCCGCUCGAGGAGGAGCAGCGCGUGUUUGUUGCUGAGAAGGCUCUCUCGCUGGGCUCCGCGGAGUCGCAGUUUCAUAUCUUGAAGAGCCGACGGUACCAUAAAUUGUCACGAGGCAUCUAUCGAUUUGUCUCGGCGACGCCGACGGCCGUGGCGGCGUUAUGAGCAUGUGACUUGGGCUCGGGUGUGUAGACCUGCUUGUACAUCGCAUACAGUCGUCCUGAGGUCAGGUGGUAGACUCCAAUGUCCGAAAGUGACGCGGGCUUAGACGGGAGAGCUUUUUUAAUCCAGAGAAAAACAAACUGAAAGGAUCGCCACGAGGCCCCGAGGGAUGCUCUAAGACGCUCUCUAUCGAUUGGAUUCUCUAUCGUAUUGGGUUUGAAGUAGGUCUUUUCUUGCGGAUAAGAAUGGAGAGAGGAAUUCCUCGACCGCUUUUCUGAGCUCGAAGGGAGGGGGAGAAAACACGUAAAAAAAAGACGGUUUCAAAACAGACGUUCUCAACCAUACCAACCCAUACAGAGAAACUAUUGAUUUGGUAUUCGUGCAACAAGAUACUCGGUCGCAGAUCCAUCGUCGCAGUUCUUCCCUACCUCGAGGAAAAACCCGUAAAUAUUGGUGUAAGCACAGGUAACUGGUACAUUUGGCCCUCCCGAUGUAGAAUGUAAAACUUGAAGAUGAAGGCGAGGGCGAAGUCCGGGGUGAGAAGCUCCGAGGCUGACAAAGGAGUGGGGCAAAACGCUGAAGCAAUGUCGGGGGAAGAAAAUAUUUUUCCAAGUAUUUUUCGGGUGUUACUUUUCCCAGGCGAAACGUGCCCCCUUGGGCAAAACUCGUCGGAGUACAUUUGAAUCGAUAACACGCGCCCACUGCUGAGAAACACACAUCAGCACCAGCAUUAGCAUCAACAGCAGUAGCAGUAGCACCGGCAAUGCCCAAGUGAAAGAAGAAAAGAGUCUACUCGUUGGGAACUUGGAACUCCCACCAAGUUUGUAUCCUCCUUGAAGAACGUGGUGGAAAUGGAUGCUGAAACCUGAGUACUGGACUCUUCACAGAAGGCGGUAUUCUUGUGAAAAACUACUAACGUGUACCUCCAUCCUCUUCACAGGCUCCCACUUCAUCCCUGUACCGGCUUAAGUGCCUUUAUUUUCGUACUCACUGAGACUCCACACUGUCGGACCAAACGUGCCAAAUUCCGAUCUCAAGAUGAAUCCAAGUCUUGACAAACUUCGUUCAGGAAACGCCGGUUGUCGUCAUCAAGCGAUCACUCCAUUCCAGAACUUCGGAUGUUCCUAAUGGGCCCGCGAACACGUGACCAUUAGCGGUCAACCGAACACCGGAAAUGAGAAGAAUCAUGGGAUUUUGCUCUCAGCUCGUUCCGUGGGGUGGAGACCAACUGGCGGGAGAAUGUGACUAUUAGUGGUUAAUGGGUACAGAAAAUCACGAGCGUUUCCUGACAACUUUUGCAUCAAUAUGCAACCAUUCCGUGGGACUAGUUUGGCCUGGUUGGCGUUGAUGAUCGUUAACGUAGUCACGGCAACAAGAAAGAACGAACGAGAGGCUGUCCUGAUCCCAGGAGAUAUAGUCCUGGGGGGGCUGUUUCCGGUUCAUGAAAAAGGUGGCUCGUCCUGCGGUCCGAAAAUCUACAACCGAGGAGUACAGAGGCUCGAGGCGAUGCUGUUUGCCGUUGACCAGAUAAAUAAGCAGCAUGAAAUUCUACCGGGAAUAGCGCUAGGUGUUCACAUACUGGACACUUGCAGCCGGGACACUUACGCGUUAAAUCAGAGCCUCCACUUUGUCAGAGCAUCGCUGUCCAAUCAGGACAUAAGUGUUCUGGAGUGUGCCGACCGUUCGACGCCGAGGGUUCGCAAGAGCGCGAACGCCGGUCCCGUUUAUGGAGUCAUCGGGGGCUCGUACAGCUCAGUUUCACUCCAGGUGGCAAACCUCUUGCGGCUAUUUCACAUACCGCAAAUAUCGCCGGCCUCGACCGCGAAUGCGUUAAGUGACAAAACACGAUUCGACUAUUUCGCCCGCACCGUGCCCCCGGACACCUUCCAGUCCAUGGCCCUCGUGGACGUGGUCAAGAGCGUCAACUGGUCCUACGUCUCGACCAUUUACUCGGAAGGCUCUUACGGCGAGUACGGAAUCGAAAUGUUCACGCGUCAGGCGAACGACAGGAACGUGUGCAUCGCAGCCGCCGAAAAGGUGCCCAGCGCCGCGGACGAUAAGGUGUUCGACAACAUUAUCGCUAAGCUCCUCAAGAAGCCCAACGCCAGAGCUGUCCUUCUCUUCACUAGAGCCGAGGACGCCAGACGGAUAUUGGAGGCUGCUCGUCGCUCGAACCUGACCCAACCGUUCCAGUGGAUCGCGAGCGACGGCUGGGGGAAGCAGAUCAAGCUUGUCGAGGGCCUUGAAGACGUCGCUGAAGGCGCGAUCACGGUUGAACUUCAGUCCGAAAAUCUGCCUGGCUUUGAUGAUUACAUGGCCUCGCUCACUCCAGAGACAAAUCGACGGAAUCCGUGGUUCGGCGAGUACUGGGAAGACGCUUUCGCCUGCACCCUGCAGAAGAACGUACCCCUGGUCACCAACCACACGAUCAACGUUUGCUCCUCGAGGUUUCAGCUGACACCGGCAUACGGCUACGAACAAGAGUCCAAGGUCCAGUUCGUCGUCGAUGCUGUAUACGCCUUUGCCUACGCGCUGCACAACCUGCAGAGUGAUCUCUGCGGACGGAACGUGGGGCUUUGUCCAGCUAUGGUCAACUUCGACAGGGGUGUAUUCUACAGGAGUUAUCUCCUCAAUGUUUCUUUCACUGAUGCUGCCGGCAGCGAGGUGAAGUUUGACGAGCACGGAGAUGGCUUGCCACGCUACGAUAUUUUGAACUUUCGCAAGGUCGAUCCGAACGGCACCAACGGAUACUAUUACCGGGUAGUGGGAAAGUGGUAUAACAAGUCCCUCAAUAUCAGCACGGAUGAUCUGGUCUGGUCGAAGGGAGCAACGGAAAUUCCUAUCUCGGCUUGUUCGCUGCCCUGCGCUGCCGGGAUGAUAAAGAAACAGCAGGGUGACACGUGCUGCUGGGUCUGCGACCAGUGCGAAUCGUAUGAGUACGUGUUCGACGAAAAGACGUGCAAGGAGUGCGAGGAGAACCACUGGCCACACCCUGACAAAAAGGGCUGCUACGAACUACCGAUAACUUACGUUAAGUGGAGCAGUGCAUUCGCUAUUGUUCCCGCGGUGAUCUCGUGUCUAGGGAUCACCGCAACUCUCGCGGUUGGAGGUCUCCUCUUCCGGCACAGAGACACACCCGUUGUUCGGGCUUCCGGAAGAGAGUUGACCGGCAUUCUUUUGGCCGGAGUACUCGUAUGUUACUUGAACACUUUCGUCCUCCUGGCGAAGACGACCACCGUCACCUGCGUCCUGCAACGAUUCGGCGUCGGUGUUAGUUUCAGUGCGGUUUAUGGUGCCCUCCUCACAAAGACCAAUAGAAUAGCGAGAAUAUUCGACUCAGCAUCGAGGUCCGCCCGCAGGCCUCGGUACAUCAGCCCCACAUCUCAGGUCUGCAUCGCCACUGCCCUGAUCGCCUUCCAAGUGGUCAUAACCCUGGUCUGGAUGAUAGUCGAGCCGCCGGGUACGAAGAAAUUUCAACCCGACAGAACGCAGGUGAUAAUUCGGUGCAACAUCCAGCACAUGAGCUUCCUCUUCUCCCAACUCUACAACGCCUUGUUGAUCGUAAUAUCGACUAUCUACGCGGUCAAGACCCGCAAGAUACCCGAGAACUUUAACGAGAGCAAGUUCAUAGGGUUUACGAUGUACACCACCUGCAUAAUAUGGCUAGCCUUUGUCCCCAUUUACUUCGGGACCGAGAACUCUCACGAGACCCAAAUCACCACCCUGUGCAUUGCCAUCAGCCUCAGUGCAUCGGUUGCGCUGGUCUGUCUCUACUCGCCGAAAGUCUACAUCAUCAUAUUUCAACCGGACAAAAAUAUUCGCGGAAAGGUAACCAUGAGCGGCAGCACGUUUAAGAAGCAGGGUAGCAGUGCAGGUGCAUCUUCGGUCACGAAAUGUACCGCAUGCGAUGGACCGAGCGAAAACGUCCCUCUCCAGCCGGCAAUCAACGCUACAGCCCAAACGUCAGUUGGCACACCACAAACUCCAACACGUACCGUCCUUGCGUUUAAACCCGUCAACGAGGAAGCAGUUGCUCAGCUUUAGCCACCCACGAUCGAAGGGUCGUUCGUCCUGAUUAUCGACUUGAAAAGAGGAAUAAUCUACAACAUAUUUGAAUUUAUCCCUCGACAUAAUUUGAGGUUGUGGAAGGAAACGAUCCGGUCGAGUCGACUGUACAAAGACAAGUCUUUUCUCUUGAUGUUUUAUGUCAACCUUGAGUCUGUGCUGAAGAUUCCUAAUUCCUACCACCCAAGGCUACGCUUCAUAUCUGAGAUUGAACGCAACGAUAAAAUCAAUUUUUCAAUGACAAUAACCAUAUUGUAACCAACUGGCAUCGUGAACUUACUUUUUGGGGUAGGUUCCUAAAUUUCAAUUUUACACAUCCGAUCUAUCAAAAAUGGACGAUGGACUUUGAUGUUGUUGGACAGAGCUAUUCCUCUGCUUCACAGAAAAUUUAUAAAGACAACUGCCAACCUGUCAAGUCGUUUCUUCACGACAAUAAUUACCCGAAAAGUUCUUUCAAGUCUUUGAUUACGAAAAGAUGACACCUCUAGCAGUACAAAAAAUCUUCUGCGAGGCAUGAUCAGUUCCGCUUCACCCUUACUGAUACGUUAGGGAAUACUUCUAUACUGUUAAUAGUUAACGAAACAAACAGAUCCAAGUGUCAUUUUCUACCUCUUCCAUAUGUUAAAGGUUUUUACGAAAGCUUCAAUAGUACAGCGAGAAAGUUCGAUAUUUUCACUGUUACGAAGUUAAAUAACAAGUUGUGGAACAUCAUCGUGAGAGGCAAAGACAAGGUAUUUAUCACCUCCCAAUGGCACGCCGUGUAUAAGAUCAAUUGAUCUUUUGUUCUCUUAUGUUUAAAUAUUUUUUAUAAUUAUAAAAUGUUAUCGCUUUUCAUAAUGAAAUAUAAUUUUCCGACGAGGGUGACAAGCUGACCAUCAAAACUUUAGCAAAAAGACUCGUUUUUCUACAUUUGACUCGACUGGCUCGUUUCCUUCCACAACCUCAGGAAUAAUUUACGUUCGAGUGCCUAUAACUGUCUAUUUAUUAGAUAUAUAUCCACGGGCCCGUGAUGGGUUGAAAAGCGAGGAAGCUUAACGAGUAUUUCGAACGUUUUUCCCGCUAAUUUUCAAUAAAAUGCUCUAUGAAUACUCAACUGCAACGCUGUGAUGCGACUGCAGUGAUUCAAACUUGAAUUCCUUCCUUCCGUACCUAUUUAUAAUAUCAAUCCAUGUGGUGAUGAAUGACCGUUUCACACAUUUCCUUAUCUUCGCCCAUUUUUCAGUUAUUUUAGAAUCAUGGGUAAAUCGUUAACAGUCGUGACGGAAUGUGUAAACGGGACUCGAAGUUGCCUGAACGAAGAAUAAGAAUGUAAUUCUGACUGGUCAGAAUAUCGAAAAAAAAUUUUUUAAAUACUCAAGGUGUGGCUUAGGGCAACACUGAAAAUCGUACAACGUUCCAAACAAAAUAUACCUAUAGGCUAAAAUAAUUUUAACGCAUUCGAGAAAUAGAAUACGCAUAAAAAAGCUAUAACGUGACGAGUGAACGUGAACCGUGAGUGUUGCGUGUGAAAAAAUGAUUAGAUAAAUCCACAUACAGUAGGAGUAAUAAAAGUAAUAUAACAUAUAUACAUAAUAAUCAUACGCUUAGUAAAUUGGUGAUCGUACAAACAGAUAUAAUAUAUUGACGAUUCAAAGAACCGUUGAGAUAAUUAUUUAUUAUAUACACAUUAUAGAAUCGUUUAUCUAUACCUAAAAUACGGAAAUAUAAGAUAUAUAUACAUAUAUAUAUAAAAUGAGGUGAGCAAAUACAUAGGUUGAUAAACCAAUACAAAGUAAGGGGAAAACGGUCUGUAGAUAAGUAAAUGCAUCAAAUUAAUGUUGUACGAAUAGGGUUAUGUAGGAUGAGACAUAUUAUAUGUACAUAUAAAUAUAUACUAUAUAUUUGCACCGUUGUUUUAAACCAUGGAAUAGAAGACAAUUUUUUCUUUUAAUAAAUAAAAACAUCUUUUGACACGUGGACCAUGCAUUGAGAGGAAUAUGUGUACAUGUGUGUAAAAAUCUGCCCUAUGUAGCAAGUGCACAUUAUGAAUAUUAAUAUACGUAUGUAUAAGAUGAACAUGUCAUGCAUAUGUAUACAUACACAUAUACAUAGGUUUAUAUGUAACGUUCUGUGAAAGAGGAAGAAACAACCUGUCUGUACUAAAAGUUAACACGUCACUUUCUAAAGUUUUGAUGAUAUAUGAUUAAAUUUUUCAUGUUCCUUAUCGGAAUUACCACUUCUUCGAUCGCGAGUAAUGAAUUUAUAGUUAUGUAUACGUGAUUGAGCGAUUAUGCUAUUGUUUAUUCUGUUGGCCUCUGUGUACAGUUGUUGAUGUUUGUCGUAUCGUAAUAAAUUGUAACGAAUUGUAAUAAAAAAUG